AUGAUGACCCUUUCCGGAAAUCUCCAUGAUCUUGCCAUUAUGGCGGAGAUACCAUCGGAAGAACUUACAAAGAGAGUUGAGAAUAUCGUGGCUUAUUCAAGACCUGCCAUCGCUGGGGAUCCCCCGACGAUUAAGCGUGAACCUCUCGAGGAAAGGCUUGACCAUUCUCCCACGCACGCGACCGGAAGCCAAGGGAGCAAGCGAGCAAAGAUGAAGGAUGCGGUGGAUGCGACUAUCAACAAGCCGUCGGCUCGUGUAUACGGAUGCCUGGGUGACGGAGGCAGAUGUCAGGAGCGAAAACACCGAUACUGGAGGUCGAAGAAGGAGUUCGGAAUACACUUCGAGACCCACCUGGAAGAUUACGAAACGCCUGAUGGCUACAAAUGCCCCGCGUGUGAGAAGAGGAGGCUAUCACCAGGCAUCGUCUCCAUCACCACCACAUCGUUUUCUCACGGUCGAGAUCUGGCAAUGCAUGUAUGGUUCGAGCACAUGGUCCCCUCGACCACCUCGCUACAACCCCAGGAUACUUCACUGGUGGCGAAAGACGGACUACAAGAAGGUUCGACAGCCAGACAGGAUCAAAUCUACUACUCUAAGCAGGGAUCUCACUUCCAGAACACCAUCGAGAAGGGGGCGGAUUGCGGUGAGCUCUGGGAGUAUCCAGACGUUGAAUAUGGUGAACCUGGUGUCAGCGAGCUCGACCUAUAG